UUUAUUACAAGAUCAAAGUAUAAUAAUAAUUCGUCUUAGAAUGUGUGCGUGUAGUCUACAAAAUUAAAGUUGUGUAUAUUAAUUACGGUAUAAUAAAGCAUGCGGGGGGCGAGGGGGCGCGCCGCGCUCUCAUAUUCCGUAUAUUGAUUGUGUGCGAGGGGGCCGGGGCAAGGAGGGGGCCACGGCGUGCCCCACUCUGUUAUUUUACGACACGGCUUUCUGUGUAACAUAAUUUUAUUUAAUUUUGUGAAAUGUGUCGGUGUUAUUUGUGAAAAAUCGGGAAGUCGGAAGUGUGAAUUCGAGAUGCAGGGGCUGGUGAGCGACAAGACGUUCCACCUCAAGUGGAACAACCACCUGCAGAACCUGAGCCAGCUCUUCACGACCAUCUACUCGUCGUCGGCGCUGGCCGACGUGACCCUGUCCUGCCGGGAUGGCACGCUCAAGGCUCACAAGCUUGUUCUAUCCGCUUGCAGUCCUUACUUUGAACAAAUCUUCAGGGACAAUCCAUGUCAGCAUCCGAUUGUUAUCCUCAAAGGGAUUCCGUUCUCGGAGAUCAACUUACUGGUGGAAUUCAUGUACAAAGGAUCAGUGGAUGUCCAAGAAUUGGAUCUACAGUCCCUCAUGCACACAGCCUCCGAGCUGGAGAUCAGAGGGCUGGCAUAUGAGGCUCGGGACAAUGCUGCGCAGCUGUUGAAUGUGAACUUGGAGUACCCGACAUACUCACAAACUCAAGUGACUCAGCCACAGCCGCAGGCGUUCGCCCAGGCCCGCACUGAUGUUGAACGGCUUAAGCAGAUCCACAUGUACCAACAAUCCAUGAUGCGUUCAGAAGAGAUCCGGCGCCGCCGCCGCGACGACAAUCCUGGUACGCAUACGGCGGUCAACAACAUACUCGCCGCCGCUGCUAGAGAGAUGGAGGAGGCGAGACAUGCGACCAGGGGUAACGAGAGGGGCAACGAGAGGGUUGUUGCCAGCAUACAGACCGAGCUGGAACAUGCCGCCGCGACGUCCACCCCCGACAAGCAAGACGACGACAGGCCCAAGAAGCGCACGUCCAUCCUGUCGCCCGACGACGACAAGCUACGCGCCAAGAAGAAGAUGACCGUCCGCUUCCAAGACGACAAGACUGACGAACGCCCUAACAAGGUUAAUUCGCCGGGGGCCGCCUCCAACCAGGACGAUCCCAAGCCGGGCGGCAUCAAAGUAGUGCAGCUAUCCGCUCUGCAGAAGCCUACCAACAACGAGCAUGACGAUUCUGAUGAGAAAGCCAAGAACAUGGAUGACGACGAAGAAACAGAUUCAAGCGGCUCCAUGUCCGACUCAAAUGCUAACGAAUGCGAAGAGGGGCGCCGCCCUCAUGUCUGCGACGUCUGUGAUCUCAGAUUCCAGCGAUCAUCCCACCUCUCCCGACACCGGCUGACACACACAGGCGAGCGGCCCUUCACGUGCGGCGGCUGCGGCCGCUCCUUCGCGCGCUCCGACAAGCUGCGCGUACACACCAAGAUCUGCGAGCGGGAAGACCCAACCGUCGACAUGGCCAACGAAUCCACCACGACCAAGCGCGAAAACAACUCUGAAGUGAUGUCCGGCAUGGUGCGCACCACACAUCGGGAGUCCGGACAUCUCGUGUUCACGCCCAGCGGCGACGUCAUGCUACCCCCCCGGGCUACUACCAACCCCGUCGUACUCAACAGCACGCUGGAGCCGGUGAAGCUCGAGCUGGCCGGCGAGCUGCUGGAGCCGCCGCGCCGCGGCCGCGGGCGCCCGCGCAAGACGCCGCUCCCGCUCACGCCCAAGAUCAAGAAGAAGCGCGGCCGCCCGCCCAAGACUUCGCUCGACCUGGAGGGCUGCGUGCUGACGGGCGGCACGGUGAUGGGCAACGCGCACAACCUGAGCAACCUGAGCAUGUCGGCGCUGCCGUCGGGCCAGCAGCUGCUGCUCAAGCGCAAGCGCGGCCGCCCGCCCAAGAACUACCUGCUGCCCGCGCGCACCGGUACCGACUUACCGAUGCCGUACAACAUAGCAAUGGACUUGAAUAAGAUUUACGGCCGCCCCAACGAGAACUACAACGCCACCAACCUGCCCUUCGGAGACUUCUCAUAUCUGACCGAAAUGAUGUACAACCCGGCCCUCGCCGCCUACGGGUACGGAGUCACCAGCGUCGACCCUGACCGCAACGUGGACCAGGAUCAGAGCGCGGUCAGUGAAACCUCCCAUGACCGCACUAUAGACGUGUCAGAUUCAUCCUCGGACGAAGAAGAAACUUCAAGAGUGGAGCCAGAAGAAAACGUACCGGCGGUCGGCGUUGAAACUCAAAUCAUGACUGUCGGCGACUGCCAGAUAGUGAAACUCCCGCCUAAUAAUGACGAACCGAACAACAAAGAAGACAAGUUGGAACAGGUACAGGAUAACUCUACUAUCGUUCCAGUUUCGACCCCCAGCUCGGUAACUAUUACUCCGAUAACUACGGUGGGAGACUGCACUAUAAGACCGGUAGAGAAUAACACUUAAGUGCGAAUAAUUAAGUGAUGAAAAUAGGUACAGAAUACCUGUUUUUGUUGCUUUUAGCGGGGAAGGAUAAAUAUUGACUGCAAAUCGUGACACAAAGCAAUCUUUAAAGAAUAUGGUAGAUGGCGCCACUUUAAACGUUCAAUUCUAUAAUGUUCUAUCUCUGACUUCGUUGUCUAAAUAUAUGACGCGCAGCAUUUCUAAAAUUGCUUCAACCUCCCAAGUCCCCAUGUCCUUUUAAAAGAACAAAAUUUAAUGGAAUUUUGAACUAUAAAGACGGUUCAAAAUUCAAAACUGCAUGGGGCUUAGGAGGUAAUCAUUCAUAGAAACUUACUCAAUUUAAGUACUAUAUUACGAGAUUGAGACUUACAAAAGUGAUGCUAUCUAGUUAUUUCGAAACUUUGUGUAUGAGCAGUCAUUAUUACCCUUCUCUGUCACACUGUACGCUUACUAUUCAGCUGUUAUGAGCGGCUUAUUGCGGUGGCGUCACAGUAGCCUCGCUCUUUCUUUUACGGCUAGUAAGAGAGGGACGCCAUACUCGGCUAGUGUGAUUAAAGUGUUGCUCGAAAGAUAUGGACGAAAUGUAAACAUUACUAUUUGACGAAUAACCUCAAAUUUACAGAAAUCAGUUUUAUGAAAAAAUUGCGAACGUGUUACUAACUUUUAUUGUGUUAUAACUGUAGGUAUAUGAACAUCAAUUUAAAUUUUUAUUAUAAUCGAUGUCAAACUGAUUUAAAUACAAUAACUUCAAAAAUCAAGAACAAUAUGAAAUGAUAAUGCUUGAAUAUGACCCAAUCAUAUAAAUAGGAGCAGAAUUAUUCAAAAAUAGCUUGUUUACAUUUUUGUCUACUUCUUUGAACGCCAUUUUACAUAGAAUUUUCGUCUGCAAGUCUUCCCACAUCACAAUAUGUACGACUUAAUUCCUCUGAUGCCGCCGCAAUGACGAUUAAAAAAAAAAGAAAAAUGACUGUCGUAAUCUGCAUUUAGAUUGGUGGUGAAAUAAUUUAUUUUGCUGAAAUUAUGAACCGUUGUAAGCUUUACAUGAUUAACCGUGAUACUCAGUUGGAAUCGGCCGUUUUCGUGAACAAGUCACAAUCUAGCAAUGUUCUACAUGACGAUUAUGAUGGUGCCUCGGGCCCUGGGUCAUACAACUUACUACUAAUAACUUAUGAAUUAAAAAAUAACGCAAUGAAACUGGUGAACCGAUUUUGAUAAAACAUCUCUAAGAACCAGCGCUAGAAAACCUGCUUUGAAAAAAAAACUGCUUUCAAAGCGGUUUAGCUACGGUUUCACAGACAGACUCACACCCCUCUUUUUGUGUCGGGAGUUUAAAAAAACACUUGUACCCCAUUCAGUAAAUAAUUGUACAGGCUGGGUCACAAAUAUGUGGACAAUUUUUCACCGUGUCUUUUAAGUUUAAAAUGAAAUGAAAAAGUUUAUACAUACAAUUUUUUAAAUUACUGUAUCACUACUUCAUACUAAAAGCGCAUCAGUUUAAUUCGUGUUACACUACUCGUAACAUGACAAUAGUCAUCUGACACUAUCUUCAUUAGUGUGAAUUAUUAGUGUCUUUGACAAUAGUCAUCUGACACUAUCUUCAUUAGUGUGAAUUAUUAGUGUCGUUGACAAUAGUCAUCUGACACUAUCUUCAUUAGUGUGAAUUAAUAGUGUCAAUUGACAAUCCAGUUUCCGAAAUAAAAGCCUGAGUGAAUUUACUCAAUUCAAAGGCAUGUAAUGAAUUACUAAUUAAAUGUAAACAUCUAAAAUUGACUUAUAAGGGAAGUUUUAUGACUCGGGGUAGUACUUAGCUGUUAAAAGUACAUGGGACACAUAGUUCUAGGAUUAGUUGUAGAAUAAUGAGUUUAUAUAAUAAAUGCAUUAUUUUUCUAAAUUAAAUACGGUAUUCACAUCACAAUACAAACCGGCU